GGCAAUCGGGAGGAAGCCGAUAAUCCCAACACCGGCAUCGGUGCCUUCCGCUUCAUGCUGGAGUCCAACAAGGGAAAAUCGAUGCUGGAGUUCCAGGAGCUGAUGACCGUCUUCCAGCUGCUGCACUGGAACGGGAGCCUCAAAGCCAUGCGGGAGAGGCAGUGCUCGCGGCAGGAGGUCCUGGCUCACUACUCCCACCGCGCUCUGGACGACGACAUCAGGAACCAGAUGGCCAUGGACUGGGUGAACCGGGAGCAGAGCAGCCCCGGGGCCCUCUCCCGAGAGCUGGCGUCCACCGAGCGGGAGCUGGACGAGGCUCGCCUGGCCGGGAAGGAGCUGCGUUUCCACAAGGAGAAGAAGGACAUCCUGAUGCUGGCGGCGGGGCAGCUGGGGAGCAUGCACUCCUCGGGCUGUUAG